CAAUUGGACAAGUCCAAAACCCAAAAAUGCCCCCGGGUAUUGGGUAUUUACAAAUUCAUAAAAGUUUAUGAAACAAAUAAUUAUUUUUGAAAUAAAUUAAAGUGAAUUAAAUAUAUCAGCUUGCCUUUUUAUGUUUGACCUUUUAUCAUUUCUGACGUGAUAAGCUCCGGAAUUCGUAACUAAAAAAGAUUGUUCAUCAAACAAAAAACGAUUACUUUAAAAGAAGGUAAUACAGUCUUUGUGGUAUCUUCCGUAAUAUUUGUAAUUAUGGGUCCAAAGAAUGGAAAUGCUUCUAAUAGCAAUAUAGAUUAUGAAGAUUCUGACGAUCACGAUAUUUCUGAUAAUAUAGAUUUAAACAAUGUCAAACUCAAUACAUUAUCUGCGAAUGAGCAAGAAAAAGAAGAUGAGAGAAUGUGGCAAGGGGUUCAAGCUUUUUUUUGCAAUCGGUAUACAGAAGCGCAGGAAAUUUUUGCAGAAAAAGCAGAUAUUGAUCCUUUAUAUGCCCUAGGUCAAGGGUGUAUAUCAUUUCUAAAAGCGGUAACAACUUUUAACGAGCAGGAUAUUUCUAUUGCAAUUAAACAACUUGUUUCUGCAGAAUCCUUAGCUAGCGCACAGAUAGGAGCCUUUAAAUCGCAAUCAAGUAUAGGAUCAAGUUUCGGAAAGUUUAUAUCCAAUUUAAAUUACUUUGGAAAUAGUAACAAGAAUCAACAAUUUAUGUCAAAUGGACAAUUAAGAAGUACUGUUAUUAAGGCUGAAUCAUUAUUGUUGAUAGCUCUUAUUCAAUUACUCCAAGAAAGUAUUAUUAGUUAUGUAAAAGCAGGGUUGAACUUAAGACGAGGUUAUAAAAACUACGAAAUUGUGUGGAAUGAAAUUAAUAAACCUGGCUUCAAUGUAUCCGUGGAUUAUCAUACUAAAGGGGGUGUAGAGUUUGGUUAUGGAACAUGUAAUCUUGUACUUUCAUUUAUGCCUGGAAAAAUUAUAAAAAUUAUAUCUGCUAUAGGUUAUAGGGGGAAUAAAGAAUUAGGUAUAGAAUUACUAAACGCAUCUUUAAAAGGAAGAGGGAUAAGGUCGCCAUUGGCAUCUCUCUUAUUUGUGACAUCUUAUACAAUGCUGACUUCUUUUUCACCAUCUACUUUGGGCCCAGAUAAUAUACCGAAAGCUGAAGAAUAUAUUCAAGAUGCUUUGAAACAAUUUCCCGGAUCUGAUUUUUUUACUUUUUUCGCCGGCCGUAAUCUCCGGCUCAAACGUGAUUUGGAUGCGUCUACCGAAGCAUUCAUAUCAGUAAAUCACAACCUAAAAGAAGGUUUUGGUGUCGAACUGAGACGUUUAUGUGACUAUGAAUUGGGAAUGAACUACGCGAUGACUUUACAAUGGGGAAAAGCUGCACAAUGUUUUGACACGCUUGCAACAGAGAACUAUUGGAGUCCCGCGUUUUUCCGUUAUUUUCAAGCAGCUUGUCUAGAAAUGCAGGGGAAAAAGAAGGAAGCGAUAGCUUUAUACAUAGAAGUUCCAGGUUUAUCUGUUCGAAAAUUUGGUGGUCGUACUAUUCUAGUAGAACAGUAUAUUACACGUAAAGUAAAAAAUUAUAUGGCGAAAAAUUUUGAAAAUACAUUAUUACCGGGUUUGGAGAUUUUACUUAUAUGGAAUAGUUUUGCAUGUAUGAAGAAAGAAGAUUUGAUCCGUUGUUUAGAUAUUGUUAAUUCAAAAUUGGACACUUUAAACAAUAGCAAUAUAAUUGAUUCACAAUGUAUGCUUCUUCUUAUCAAAAGUUCUAUAUUGAACCAGCUUCAUCGAUUUCAAGAAACGAAUCAAUGUCUCAGAUGGAUACUUGAUCAUAAUGGUGACAUAGUUGAUGAUAAAUUUAUUGAACCAUUCGCAUUCUGGGAAAUGGGAGUUGCCGCUUUUUUAAACGAAAAUCUAGAAAAGGCUAAAUUAGUAUGGGAAGAGACUGCUAAUUUUAAUGGAUAUGAAUUUGAAUUUAGGUAAUAUGUAAAAAAAAACAAAAACAAAAAAA